AUGGCAAAGAUUCCAGAAUACAAAGAUGAUUUCUUUGAAGGUGAGCCCGGGCUGCUGGGAGUCUUCGAUUACGAAUACGAGGAGAUCAUUGGUUUCUACAAAAAAUUGAGAUGGGCUCAGUUCAUCUUCAUCCCACCAGCCUGGCUCUCCUCUAUUUGUUGCACUCCCUGUUUCCUGAACCAGAACAUCGAGUGGGAUACCCGAUCCCGUCACCUUGCGCUCACUGUUGACGGCAUCAAGUUCGUGCAUGCGCGCCGGCCGACCCUCUGCGGCUUAUCAUUCACAGACAAGGGGAAGGAGGCGAAGACAGUCCCUUACGAUAAAAUCACUGACUGUGACGUGCAGGAGCCUGCAGGUACAGCGUGCUGCUGUUUCAUUGAAAAUGUCCUCCACAAGGUCACGGUGGACACUGCAAGUAGCGGCAUGAGCAAGGAUGGUAUGGAAAAGCACGAGCUGGAGAUCAUUGGACUGAAGCAUCCACAUGAGUUCAAACAAGCCGUUUGGAGCAUCAAGCGUGGAGAGCUACCCAAAGGUGCUAUGCUGAGCGAGCUCCCCAAGCAACAACACAUGGUUCCAGAGAAGGCUUCUGCGGACUUGACGACACCCUUGCUCACGGACAUUCGCGACGAACUGCGGAAGAUGAACUCACUCAUGGCUGCCAAGUACGGAGCGGCAGUGUGA